UCCACAUAUCAACUGCUAUUCGACUCCUGCUGUGAACAAGGGGCGCCUUCGUCAGACUCUGUUCGAUUCUGGUUCGACUUUCUCGAUUAUAUGAUGCGAGUGAUCGAAGACGACCGAACCGUCUACGGGCCUAGUCUGAACCAAUUCCCACAAGAGCUCAAUGUUGGUCAUUUAUCCGCCGGCACUCUAUGGACACUGUACAAAAUGGAUUUGAAAAUGGCGUUAGAAGAGCAUGCAACAACGAAAAAAUGCCCAACACCGGAGUAUAUGAACUUGUACUUCAAAGUGAAAGGCUUCUACUUCAAAUAUGUGUCCGAUCUUCCACAGUACAAGCAAUCGAUACCAGAAUUUCCAGCAUGGUUCAUCCCGUUUGUAAUGGAUUGGUUGAACGAGAACGAUGAGCACUCGAUGGAUAUCUUGAGAAAUGCCUACAAUAGAGACAAAGCCGAUAAUUUCCCGCAAACAUCCGAUCAUACGCGAUUCUCAAAUAGUGUCGUUGACGUCUUCACACAGCUCAAUGAGGCGCUUAAACUGCUUAAACAGAUGGACUGCCCUAAUCCUGUUGUCUACGCAGAUAUGAUGAAACGCUUCAGUAAAACUUUGAACAAGGUUUGUAUUCUUCUUUCUUAA